AUGAGCGACAUCAAGCUGGCCUUGCUGGGCAGCGACGGAACGGGGAAGUCGGCUGUUUUAGUGAGGUUCCUGACGAAGCGGUUCAUCGGAGAGUACGCCUCCAACACGAAUUCCUUAUACUGCAAAAGGUUCUCAAUAGACGGGAGGCAGCUGAACCUUGAGGUUUUUGAUCCGUGCUCUCAGAGCGCUGAGAGCCAAAGUGUCCCGGUGGAGCCACUGAGCUGGGCGGACGGCUUCAUCGUGGUCUACAACAUCAUCGACCGGACAUCCUUCCUUAACGCCAAGAACAUUCUGCAGCAAAUCAAAGAGAUCCGUGUGGAUGGCUGCAAGGGUCAUUUGGAUACAGUGGAGGUGCCCGUCGGCCUGGUGGGGAACAAGCAGGACCUGUGCCAUGCCCGACAGGUGAGCGAAGAGGAAGGCCGCACCCUGGCCCAAGAGCACAGGUGCCUCUUCCAGGAGGUGUCUGCAGCCGAGGACCAUCAGGAAAUCUCCGGCCUCUUCACCGAGCUCAUCCGCAGUGCAGCGGAGCGACUACGUCGUCCGACCGACCUGCGGCGCUACAGCGGCUCCAAGUCCAUGGCCAAGCUCAUCAACAACGUCUUUGGCAAGAGAAGGAAGUCUGUCUGA